AUGGCGACCAAACUUCUGAAGAUGUAUUUAUCACUUUCUCCCUUUCCAUCUUUUGAUUCUUCAAACCUUUCCGCAUACAAUUCUACAGAAGCGUUCAAAUACAACCCAAGAUCACUCCUCAUGAAGAACCCAAAACAAAAUAAGUUGUACGCGGCUUAUUUCGCCCAAUCCAAGAAUCAACGACGACGAUCCUCGCGUAUCAGAUACACGUCUUCUCCUGCAAGAACAGCUUCUUCGUCGCCCUCAUCUUCUUCUUCUCCGUCUUCUACUCCUCGUUUAAAGAUGUCUGUUUCUCCUCCUCCGACAAAAUCAAUUACUUCGACCCCUCGUUUAAAGAGGUCUGUCUCUCCUUCAGCAAAGUCAUCUACUUCGACUCGUCGUUUAAAGACGUCGGGUUCUCCUCCAGCAAAGUCAUCCACUUCAAAUCCUCGUUCAAAGACGUCUGUUUCUCCUCCUCCAGCAAAGACAUCUGCUUCUACUCCACCAGCAAAGUCACCCGACUCUCCUUCGUCAGCAAAGUCACCUACUUCUUCUCCGCCAGCAAUUGAAUCUGUUGACACACCACCUUCAUCUGUUUCUCCCAUUUCUCCCGCUUCUUCGAAAUUACCUCUAUCUUCGCCUCCUUCAUCUGCAGUCUCUUCUCCCCCGAAUCCAACCGUCUCUUCGCCUCCUUCAUCGGUUCCCUCUCUUCCCUCGAAACCAUCUGUGCCAUCUUCUACUGAAUCACCGCCUGAAGGCAGUUCUUCAAACAAACUCCUUUCCGAUGACAAGAAGGAAGAAACCACCAUCAAAGGCAGUUCUCCAGAAGAAGCACCACCAUCUGAAACGAAAAGCAAAAAGAUCAAAAUCAAAUUCGUUGAUCCAUCGAAACUUCGCUCUGGUGUUAACGACGAGAAGGCCACUACUAAAUGCGGUUCUCUAAAGCGACCACGACCGGAUGACGAGGAUGAAGAAACCACUCUUAAGUGCGAACCUUUAAAGAAACGAAGGACUACUGCCAACGUCGCGAAAACCUCUACCAAGAAAGCCACCAAUUCCAAGCCGGUCGCAGAGCUCUCGAAAGAGCAAUUGGAGAAGAAACGCGGUGAUUCGCUCAAAAAGCGAAGACACUUGGCCUCAGAAGUACGAAAAGACUCAAAGCGCAUGCCAUCAGCCGCCCAGAGGGGAUUGGCCAAUGUUACUGGAGCAUCUUGCUACAGAAACAGUUUGUUGCAAGGUCUUUUCCACCUUCCCAAGUUCUUCAAUUUUUUGAUCGACCAACAUCCGGUGGAAACUUGCAGCAUACCCAAAAGAGACUGCUUGGCCUGCUCUCUCAGCCUCUUGUCUUCGAAGUAUUGGACUGUCGAUGUUCCUGCCAAGGAGAUCACAACCAUGAUGAGAAGCCUCGAGGCCCAGUGCAAGCGUCUUGGGUGGUAUCCUGGACCCACUGGGCAAGGAGAUCCUCAUGAGCAAAUCACCUGGAUGUUGGAAAAGAUCGACGAACAGAUCAAGGCGUCGAGCGUUGCCAGUAUGAUGUCGAUAAUGCAGCUUGUUCUAAGCAGCAGAAUCACAUGCGAUAACUGCCACAACAUCUCAGUGGGAGACUUACAGGAUGAACUAGCCUUGUCCGUACCUCUCAAGCCGCGUCUCCGAGAUGGUACUCUUUCUUCGUACUUGCAUAAGUACUUGGAUGAGACGAUCGAAGGUUACCGGUGCGAGAAAUGUAAGGUACAAGGUAAUGUUCGUCGUGUACAGUCGAUCAGUCACGCACCAGAUAUCUUGUUCGUCCAGCUAAAACGGUUUGGUUACGAUGGAAGAAAGGACAAGCUUGCGCUUCCGAUUGACCAUACCCUCAACCUCAGUCCUUACCGCGACCCUAGUGGAAGCACGGACCCCAUGGAGUACGAGCUCGUGGCAUCUGUUUCGCAUUCUGGCAACCUCGACUACGGGCAUUACGUUUGUGAUGCUCGGGGACCCGAUGGACGCUGGAAUUGCUUUAACGAUGCGCAUCACGGUGCUACGACUCUGGCAAAGGCUCUGGGGAGUAACCAACCGUAUUUGCUGUUCUACCAACGCAAACAGACUUGA